CAUUUCGCCGUCAUAAUGCUCGCGUUCAUCCUCAUAGUCUGCCUUUUGUCAAUGGCUCAACAUUCGUGUGUUGAUUGUUGUGUAUCUCCAGUCACAAUACCCGCACCCUCCAAACUUUUGUCGCCCCCUGAGGAGCCCAUCGGGUUUGAUUCAAGCUUUUCCAAACAACGACAAGACGGGUUGAUCGUGGAGAAUGAAGACGAGGAAGAUCUUGAUGGUUCCGAUCGAUCCUUUGGUGAUUUGUUAGCAUUAUAG